AUACUUCGAUAAAAUUUCGUUAAAAAGUUGGAUAAAAUUAACCAGAACCCAAACCCUAACCCCAACCGGAAAUCGGGACCUUCCCUUCCGCCAUGGAUGCUCCUCGUGAAGAUAUCAGCACCAACGGCAACGACCACAAUAACAACCACGACGACGACGACGAUAACCAUUUGUUCAAAAAACAAAAGCUUUCUUUCAUUUCAGAAUCCGAAAUCCGGCAAGAGUUCUCCCACCAUCAACCCGGCAUCGCUCGAAUUAACAACGGCAGCUUCGGGUGCUGCCCGUCCUCCAUCAUCGCCGCCCAGAAGCGGUGGCAGCUCCGCUUCCUCCAGCAACCUGAUGGCUUCUUCUUCAACCACCUUCAGAAGCGUAUCCUCCAUUCCCGCAACCUAAUCAAGACGCUCAUAAAUGCCGACCACGUCGAGGAGGUGUCCCUUGUCGAUAACGCCACAACUGCCGCCGCCAUCGUCCUCCAACACGUCGGCUGGGCCUUCGCCGAGGGCCGAUUCCAGAAAGGCGACGCCGUUGUGAUGCUCCACUGUGCGUUUCAAGCCGUGAAGAAAUCAAUCGAGGCAUACGUGACCCGCGCGGGUGGAUCUGUUAUCGUUGUCCAGCUCCCAUUUCCAGUUAGUUCCAAUGAAGAAAUCAUCGCUGAGUUUCGUCGGGGCUUGGCCAGGGGCAAAGCUAAUGGUAGGAAAAUUAGGUUAGCCAUAAUUGAUCACAUUACAUCAAUGCCUGCAGUUGUCAUUCCGGUGCGCGAAUUGGUCAAAAUUUGCAGGGAAGAAGGUGUGGAACAGGUGUUUGUUGAUGCUGCUCAUGCAAUAGGCAGUGUUCAUGUGAAUGUUAAGGAAAUCGGGGCCGAUUAUUAUGUUAGCAACUUACACAAAUGGUUCUUCUGCCCGCCCUCGUUGUCCUUUUUGUACUGUCAAAAAUCGACUACAUCUUCCGAGUUACAUCAUCCAGUGGUUUCGCAUGAAUAUGGCAAUGGACUGGCCAUAGAGAGUGCCUGGAUUGGAACACGAGACUACAGCUCACAGAUGGUUUUCCCCGAGGUGUUAGAUUUUGUUAAUAGGUUUGAGGGCGGCAUUGAUGGAAUUAGGAAGAGGAAUCAUGAUGCUGUUGUCGAAAUGGCAGAAAUGUUAGCCAAGGCUUGGGGGACCAGGCUCGGGGCACCACCGGACAUGUGCCCUAGCAUGGCUAUGAUUGGUUUGCCCGCAAGCUUAGGAAUUUUGACUAAUGAUGAUGCUUCGAAUAUGAGAACCCUUUUGAGAGACCGUUUUGGGGUGGAAGUACCAAUCUAUUACCAGGAACCAAAAGAUGGGGAAUCACUUGGAACCAUGGAUGAGAAUGGUUGUGUGACAGGAUAUGCUCGCAUUUCUCAUCAAAUUUACAAUACAGUUGAUGAUUACCUCAAGUUGAGGGAUGCAAUUAAUCAACUUGUGCAAGAAAGGUUUACUUGCAAGGUUCUUCGUGCAGAAUAAGAGGAAUAUAGUCUGAUCUGUACUGUAGCAGCAGUUGCAAGCAAUGGGCACUUGGAUAAUGUUAAAAAGCUGAUGAGUUGUAACCAAAGGAGGAUUCUCUUGGCAAUGAAGAAGAAUGUUAACUGGCUUUUCAGACCUUUUAUGGUCACUUGUAACAAUAAAAAUUUUCAGUCUGUAAUUGUUUGUGCAAUUUUAAUCAGCUGAAGGUGGAGUUUAGUUCGUUCAUCCCAUCCAUGUGCAUGCAUGGUUUCAGGCUUUUAAGUCAUUGAGGUGAUGCAGUGGGUAGUUGUACUUUUUCCCAAAAUAAUUAGAGCUACCCCAUAUCAUACUAAUAUGAGUUGAAGUUUAGGAGGAAACUAGAAACCUGUGGAGCUUUAGGUACAAAAUGUUGUUUGGACAGGUUUUUACAUGAAAUUACAUGACUUACGAGGAGUGUCUCAAUGUUUCA